UGAUAAUUAACACACAAAAAUAAGGAUCAUUAAUUUAAUUUUUUUUGAAAAAAAAAACAAUAAAACGAUGGCCAGAAACGCCGUUACGGUCACGGUCGCCGUCGCGGUUGCCGUUCUUUUCCACCUCGUGGUACAAUGCCCGGCCACCAAGGUGGCGCCCGCUCCCGCUCCCUCGUCGGCCGUCACCGCCGCGGCGUCGCCGUCUUCCGGCAACGUCUCCGCGGCGGCGGCGGACGACGGAUCUCCGCCGAUCCCGUCGAAAAAGGACCAGAUCGAGAGCUGGUUCACGGCCAACGUGAAGCCACUCGAGAGCCGAAAGGGCACUCUGGACCCCGCCCUGGUGGCGGCGGAGGCGGACGUGAAGCGGAUCCGGGUGAGCAAGGACGGGAAAGGGGACUUCAAGACGAUAACCGACGCCGUGAAGAGCAUUCCGGCGAAGAACACGAAGCGGUACAUCAUCUCGAUCGCCGGCGGGAACUACACGGAGAAGGUGAUGGUGAACUGGAACCAGCCGUUCGUCACCUUGAUCGGCGACCCCAAGGAUCGGCCGACCAUUAUCGCCGGCGAAACCGCCGCUAAAGUGGGGACCAUUUACAGCGCCACUCUCUACGUUCUGUCGGAUUACUUCACGGCGAUUAACAUUAACGUCAUGAACUCUGCCCCAAGACCGGACGGGUUAAAAACAGGACAACAAGCGGUUGCCUUGACCAUAACAGGCGAUAAGGCCGCGUUCUAUAACUGCAAGUUCUUUGGGUUUCAAGACACCCUUUGUGAUCACCAUAACAAGCAUUUCUAUAAAGAUUGUUACAUUGAGGGCACAGUUGAUUUCAUCUUUGGUGAUGGAAAGAGCAUCUUCUUGAAUAAUGAGAUACACGUGAUUGAAGGGAAUCGGAUGGCCAUGGUGACGGCGCACGGCAGGAAGAGUGAGAACGAGGACACCGGAUUCUCUUUUGUGCACUGCAAAGUCACCGGAUCCGGCCAAACGGCGGUGCUAGGGAGGGGGUGGUUUGACUAUUCCAAGGUUGUCUUUACCUAUACCGACGUCAGUGAUGCCAUCAAACCAGAGGGGUGGAUGGGCUUACGCAGUGACCCAACUAAGGGAGGGACAAUAUUCUUUGGAGAACACCAAAACACAGGGGCGGGUGCAUCAAAGGCAACCCGUCCUUCAUAUGUGAAGCACCUCACGGAAGCAGAAGUCAAACCUUUCCUCAGCCUGGGUUACAUUCAAGCCUCCAAGUGGCUCCUUCCUCCCAUCAAACCCUAAUUAAUGCCCUCCUUUCAUUUGACAUUUUUAUUUUUAUCUUUUUUGAAAAAGAAAAAAACCAAAGUGGAGAGAAUUAAUAAUAAAGCAAUAAUAAUUUU